AUGGGCACGGCCGACGGCGCAGCUGGUAUCCCAUACUACGAAAAGCAGCGACAGCAUCUUAAAGAGCUGCUGAACAAGAAGAAGCUUUUGGAAAAACGUCUGCUUGCGCAAGAAGAAUCCAUCUACCAAAAGGAAACCGAGUACCUCGAAAACACGCCAGCGGGCAACAUCAUCACAGGCUUCGACAACUACACCAAGGGCACCGCCAAUGUCGCAGCACAGCGCCGGAAGACGGGGUUGACAGACGCGAACCGUGUCUUCUCGAGGAGUUCGAUAUCAUACAAUCCGGCGGCUCAACAAGAAUCGCAAACACCAGCCUCUUCGGCCCCCGCUUCCCACGCGCCGACACCGGUCUCGACAACGUUCAAUAACAAGGACGGCGCAUCGAGUGCGCCGACGCCCACGUCGGCCACAGCCGGCAAGGCCAAUUCCAAGAAGAAGAAAGCUACGACGUCGGGUGCGGGAGUUGAAGAUAGCGAGACGGACUCGAGAGAGACGAAGAAGGCAAGGACAAACUUUGGGGCUGUUCGCAAGUGA